UGGCUCAAAGGCACGACCCGAUACCGAACCCACGCCAGCGAGGCUCGCUUGUUCGAAGCCAUGGCAAGGAGUAUCUUAUGGUGCUGUCUGCUUUUCCUCGCGGACGCGGCCCAGUUGGACGCCACCCUCUCGCGGAAGAAGGGCGGCGAGCCGUACCUCAUGAGGCCCGCCGAGGGCAGGACGCAGAUCCACACGGUGAAGAUCGACUUCUCCAAGGCGCCGCCCCCGUUCGCGGUGGACCAGACGUUGGCCCAGCCGCCCCACGCGGAUGGGGACCCCUACAGCCACCCAGUCUGGGUCUCCGGAGAAAGCGAAGUCUUGGGCCAGCCAGCGGCGCCUGCGGCUCCGGCAGUCUCCGCGCAGGCAGCGCCAGCCGCGGCAGCGCCAGCCGCGGCAGCGCCAGCCGCGGCAGCGCCAGCCGCGGCAGCGCCAGCGCCGGCCGCAGCAGCGCCGGCGGCGGCGGCGGCUCUGGACCAAAGAGGUGCCAGCGCGACAUCUCGCUGAGCGGAGAAAUUUAGCCAUGGGACAGAACAGAUUGGCGCACGG